AAGAAAUGUUUAUUUAGCAGCCUGGCAGGGAUCCUAGUCAUCUAUACAGUUCAAGUCUUUCUUUAUACAUUCAACUAGUUUUUUAAGUAUAUUUCGUAGACUCUCAUGCAGUCAUGCAUGCACAUACCUAACUUAAAGAAUAAAUGAAGCAUAUUUAUAUAUUUGUUGGCUAUAUAUAGUUGUAUAUAAGAUAAACUGACCUAGUUGUCAUAGUUCAUAUCAGUGAUAAGCAAAAUAUAUGCACUGUACCAUAUUAGUAUUAUGGUUUCAUUAGCUUCAUAUAUUAUUUCCAUACUGCAUCAUCUCUUUCUACUAUGCAUUUUUCUUUCUAGAUUAGUUGGUAGUACAAGUUCAUAUCCUUCCAUGGAGCCGCUUUGCCAUGCGGAGGAGAGAAUGGCCUUGUUGCGGUUCAGAGAAGGGUUUGAAAUCCUGAAAACAGCCUCUCAUGGGCCUUCUGCUUAUCCAAAGAUUCAAUCAUGGAAGCUCCAAGGAGACGGGAGUACGGAUUGCUGCUCGUGGGAUGGAGUCUACUGCGACCAACAGACAGGUCAUGUCGAUAGUCUUGACCUUAGUAGCAGUUUUCUCUAUGGUUCCAUUGAUUCUGAAAGCAGCCUAUUUAGCCUUUCCCACUUACACAGCUUAAAUCUUGCUGACAAUCAUUUUAAUUACUCCUUCAUUCCAUCCAAAAUAGCUUCUCUUUCCAGACUUUUACAUCUUAAUCUUUCGUCUUCUGUAUUUUCUGGCCAGAUUCCAUCAGAGAUCUUGAAAUUGUCCAACUUGACCUCUCUUGAUCUGUCUUUUAAUGUAAAUUUCUCAUCCCUGGAGAAUCUUUUGAAACUUGAGACACCUGAUCUAAGAAGCCUUGCUGGAAACUUGACAAACUUGGAGGUACUUGACCUCAGUAUGGUGAACAUUUCAUCUGCAAUACCUGAUUUGAUGACAAAAUUAUUUUUUUUGUCAACUCUUGGGCUCAGAAAGUGUGGGUUAUAUGGUGAAAUUCCGAUUGGCAUCUUCCAGCUGCCAAGCUUACUAAUUCUUGAUGUAGGGAGGAACCGGAAACUCAGGGGUCAUGUGCCUGAAAUUGUUAGUUCCAGUCUAAAGCUUGAGGAAUUAAGACUUGACUACACAGAUAUCUCCGGCAAGCUACCAGACUCCAUAAUGAAACUCAAAUCUCUAAGGAUUCUGGAUAUCAACUACUGCCUUUUCUCAGGUUUCAUUCCAGCCACAGUCAGUAACAUGACCACACUUACCACACUGGACUUGAGCAGAAAUUAUUUUUCAGGCAAGGUUCCACCCCUUGCAAGCAUGUCACAACUCUCUUACCUGUCACUGGCUAACAAUAAUUUCACCGGAAAGAUAUCAGCAUCCUUUGCAAAUCUUACUAGUCUAACUUAUUUAGAUCUUAGUACUAAUAAAUUUUCAGGGAUUGUCCCAUUGUGGCUUAUGAACCUAACUUAUUUAACACACCUUGACCUUUCUUUCAAUCAAUUAAUGCAUGGAUCAGUUCCAAAAUCAUUGUCACAGCUUCAAAAUCUUGAAUAUCUCAGUCUUUCUCAUGCUAAUCUCAGUGGCACUAUAGAAGAAGAUAUAUUUCUCAGCUUGAAAAAACUAACUUACCUCCAACUUUCGCACAACACUCUUUCUUUAGUAGAUAAUAACAAAACCAAUACCACUCUUCCACAAUUCAAGUACUUGGCUUUAAGUGAAUGCAACACGAGAAAGUUCCCAAGUUUCCUACAGUUUCAAGAUGAACUAGAAGAUCUGUUCCUUGAUUUGAAUCAAAUUGAAGGACUUAUACCAGAAUGGAUUUGGAACAAAAGCAGAGAAAGCAUGAAUUCGGUAUGGCUUGGAGGAAACCAACUAACAGGAUUUGACCAUAAUCCUGGAGUCUUGCCGUGGACUCGUUUACGUGUAUUGGACUUAAGUGAUAACAUGAUGGAAGGUCCUCCACCAGUUCUCCCAGCAUCAACCCUAGCUUUUUUUGCAUCAGGAAAUAGAAUGACAGGGGAAAUCUCGCCUUUGAUCUGCAAUGCGAAAACUCUCAUUGUAUUAGAAAUGAGUAACAACAACUUGGUUGGCGAGAUUCCCUCAUGUCUAGGAAACUCUAGCCAUGAUUUGAUGAUACUGAAUCUAAAAGGGAACCACUUUAAAGGAAUCAUACCUGAAAUGAGUUCAGAAGGACUAACGAUGUUGGAUUUAAGUCAAAAUCAAUUACAGGGGAAAGUACCAAGAUCAUUAGCAAACUGCACCUUGCUUCAAGUUCUUGAUCUAGGAGACAAUCAAAUAGAUGACUCAUUCCCUUUAUGGCUUGGAACUCUUCCAGAACUGCAGGUCCUAAUUUUGCGAUCCAACAUGUUCCAUGGUACAAUAGAGAAUCAUACAACCAAUUCAGAGUUUCCAAAGUUGCGAAUCAUCGACCUCUAUAACAAUUCUUUUGCAGGAGAUUUGCCACUUGAACACUUCAAGAAUUGUGAUGCCAUGAAAUUCAAGGUAGACAAGCUGGCAUAUAUGGAUGUCAUAGUCCUGCCUUCGAUUGCAGGUUGGAUACUCUCAGUAGACUACACUAUGACAAUCACAAACAAAGGUGUCAAGUUAUUGUAUGAGAAGGUCUCAAACCUGAUUACGUUUGUUGAUCUCUCCAGCAACAAAUUCACUGGAAAAAUUCCAGACUCCAUGGAAAGCUUUAAGAAUCUUCACUUCCUCAAUCUUUCCAACAAUGUCCUCAAUGGUGCUAUCCCCCCAUCCACAGGAAACCUCACUGCCCUGGAGUCAUUUGACAUUUCCAAAAACAUUCUCACAGGUGAAAUUCCUCCACAGUUAGCAGGUCUAGGAUUCCUUGCAAUAUUUAAUGUGUCUUUUAACCAUCUAACUGGACCCAUACCGCAAGGGAAACAAUUUAGUUCAUUUCAGAACGACUCCUACAAAGGAAACAUGGCAUUGUGUGGAUCACCUCUAUCCAGAAAGUGUGGAGAACAGCCAACACCUUCACCGCCAUUAAGCUCUGAAGAAGACAGUGAUUCUGAUCCGUUCUUGAACGUGGUUGAUGUGAUUAUAUUGUCCAUUGGAUUUGGAAGCGGGCUAGUAGUUGGAAUCGUGUAUGGGGACAAACUAGCAACAAAGUGCUGCAAGUAUGUAUCUAUUUGCUUCUUUUCAAAGUUACUUAAAUAGACCAAGUGAAAGUAAAGCCAAUGGAUGAUCAACCUGUAUCAAACUUGUUUCAUAGCAUUCCAAGCUACAUCUUCUUGAAAUUAACAUGAAACAGUCAUCUUAACAGCAUUGCUAGGUUCGCUGUUUUGAUGUCACUCAUUCAUGUAUGUAUUAGUAAGUUCUUUUAUGAAGCGUUGUUUGAAUUUAAUGCAACUGAAGCAUCUAUUAU